UAAGUAUCUAGACAAUAACCUACCGAUCCAAGCAAGUGAAUUUCCAAGUUCCAAAUAAAUAUAUGACAAAAAUUGGUAGGUACACCUACUAAAAUGUAAAAAGAAAUAACAUCAGCAAAGUAUAGUCAAAAAACCGUUAUAAUAUGGAGUCUGGCGAGAAAAUUCCCAAUAAAACUGUGGAACACCGGGCAAAUAUUAUAUCCCAAUUAUUUUUCUGCUGGGUAUUGCCAUUCCUCAAAUUUGACAAAGAUACUCAAUUAAAAGAUAUAAAAGACGACAAUGUAGCACAGGAUGUGUCUUCUACAUUGACAGACCAGUUAGAAAAAAAUUGGAGAGAAGAAAAUACAAGGGCUAGAAUCAAGAACACCUCCCCAAAAUUGCGAAAAGCGAUACUCAGAACAUUCGGAAAAUCCUAUGCAUUUUUUGGGUUACUGAUGUUUCUACAAUGUAUUUUGCUAAAGACAAUGUUGCCAAUCGUUGUGGCCGAGUACCUGAAAUACUUUGAUGGCGCUGACGUCACCGAUAAUACAGGGUGGUGCUUAGGUGCUGUCAUAGUGGCUUUGGCCUUAGCAGACGUUUUCGUGCAUCAUCAUUGUCAAGUGGGAUUUUCCAGGAUCGGCAUGAGGGCCAGGACAGCUUGCUCCUCCAUGGUUUACAGGAAGAUCCUGAGACUGAGUCAAUCAUCCCUCGACAAAAUAGAUUCUAAUCGUCUAGUAUCAUUGUUAUCCAAUGACGUCAUGAAGAUAGACAUCGCAGCACCUCUGGAACCUCACUUGUACAUAAUGCCCAUACAAUAUUUGGGGGCCACUUUCGUUCUGUAUGAUUGUGUGGGCCUUGCAGGAUUCGCAGGACUUUUGGUGAUGUUAUUCCAGUCGGUACCUUUGCAAUAUUGUCUGUCUAAAAUCCAAUCGGUAUUCAUGAAACGAAUUACAUUGAUCGCUGAAAAGAGAAUUGGGCUAACUAAAGAAAUAAUCAAUGGCAUACAAAUGAUCAAGCUGAAUGCUUGGGAACAACCAUUUGAGAAAAUGGUGGGAGCUACUAGAAAGCUAGAGUUGGACCAGAUAAGUAAACUCACCCACAUCAAAGCCAUUACAGACUCUUUUUCAACCCUAUCAGAAUACGCCGCAAUUUUAGCUACCUUAGCAACUCUAGUACUACUAGGAGAGCAACUAGAAUCCAAUGUAGUAUUCACAGCCAUCUUGGUCUUCAGCAUGCUUCAAUAUACAUGCUAUUGUUUUCAAGAGGCUCUGGUGACUAACGAACAAUCCAAGUUAGUAAUGGAUGAGCUCGAGGAAUUCUUGGCUCCAGAGGAAAAAGGGGAUGAAGUGAGGGUGAUAAGUUAUACGAAAAAUAGAAAAGUAGGGUCUCUAAGAGCUACGGAUGCUCGUGCCAGGUGGGGUUCCACAACAAUUCUGAAGGACAUCAAUAUGAAACUCAGCUCAGGUAAGCUUUGUUGCAUCGUGGGUCAUCCCGGAUCUGGGAAGACUUCUUUGCUACUCAUGCUGCUCAAAGAGAUGCCGCUAAUGUCGGGAAAGGUCGAUCUAGUAGGCACCGUUUCUUACGCCUCACAGCAACCUUGGAUAUUCGCCGCUAGUGUCAGAGAUAACAUACUAUUCGGGCGGCCUUAUAACAGAUCCAAGUAUCGAACUAUUACCAAGGCGUGUGGCUUGGACAUAGAUUUCUCCCAAUUUCUCGAGGGCGAUAAAACCAUUCUGUUGGAUAAAGGGCCUUCGCUGAACGAAGCUCAAAAGGCUAGAAUUAGUUUAGCUAGAGCUGUGUAUGCUGAUGCCAAUGUUUACCUUCUCGACGAUUGUUUCUCAAAAAUGGAUCCACAACUCGCUAAGUCCAUAGGUUCAGAAUGUAUCCUGAAGUAUUUGGGAAAUAAAACCAGGAUAUGGGUAACGAACCAACUGGAGUUCGUCAGAGAUGCUAACCUAGUCGCAGUCUUGGAAGACGGAAGAAUAGCUAAAGCUAUGAAGUAUCAAGAGUGGACAGAAAGUGACUUGAACGAAUUGAAAUCCAAGUUUUCUUUAGUCGAUCAUGAUGGCAAAGGUCCACAACACAAUGUAGAACGUAGAAGGUCUUCAAUUUCGUCCACCUAUAGCUUCCUUGAUAGAGAUGAUUUCAUAUCGGUCCAAGAAGAAGUUGUUGACUACAACUUCCGUAGUGUUUUAACAGAUUAUCUCAGAGCAGGUGCCAAUACUUGUCCCUUGGUGUGUCUAGCUAUUUUGUUUGUAAUCUCCGAAGUGGUUUUAACUCUGAACUAUCUCUGGAUCACAUAUUGGGUGGACGCCAAUUCUACUAGGUAUGACUCGGAGAGUAAUCGGCCUUUGAUGUAUACAGCUUUUAUACCGAACAUCCUGUAUGUGGGCCAGCAGCAAAACGUCAGCCAAAAAGCUAGAGGAAGGCAUCACAAGCAUUCAUAUACCUUAUUUGGGAUACAGGAGAAUUAUUUCUUCAUAUAUGUGCAAGCUGCCAUUGUUUUGACUAGCUUCCUCUUGCUGAUAUCAAGAUCAUUUGUUUUUCGAACGAUAUGCUUGGUUGCCACAAAGAUACUACAUGGCAGUAUGUUUAGCAACGUGCUUAUGGGUUCCAUGAAUUUUUUCUUGAAGAAUGCACCAGAGAAAAUACUGCAUACGUUUUCUGAAGACUUGAGAACCAUAGAAUUCGAGAUGCCACAAGCGACCAUCAAUAUUAUACACUUGCGUUUGGUACAAGUUGGUAUGGUGCUGAUGGUUUUUCUUGCUUCUCCAUUGACGAUCGUUCCAGCUUUCUUAGUAGCCAUAGUGGCUGUUUUUUUGGUGAAAUAUUAUUCCAGUGCCGUUCAAACUAUCAAAAAACUGGAAAGAACAAGUCGUGAUCCUAUGAUUUCUCAUAUUCACUCCAGUGUACGGGGUGUUGCCAUAAUAAGGUCUUCCGAAGCGGAAAAAAUGGUCACUGAGGAAUAUGGUGCCAUGCAAGAUAGACAGAACUACUUCAGAAUGAUGAUUUUGAUGAUCAGCGAAGCUUUUGGGUUCUAUCUCGAUGUCAGUUUCGUGUUUUUCUUGGCUGCAGUCAUAUUCCAUUUCAAUGCAUUGAAGAAUGAACAUACUUUGAGUGGUUGCGUAGGUCUAGCAAUAUCGCAGAGCAUAGCUUUGAUAGGCUUGCUGCAACUGGAAAUUCGAAAAUCCAUCAAACUGUCAUUCAAACUAGCCAGCGCCGAAAGAAUCUUCAAAUAUACAAUGUUGCCCAAAGAAAUUCCAGACGAGCAAGUCAGAUUCACGCCGACUAAUUGGCCUCAUUUCGGAAAAGUCAUCUUCAGGAAUGCUUUUCUUCGGUACUCUCCCGACGAACCACCCAUCUUGAAUAACCUCAACAUGGUCGCAUUACCUGGUGAAAAAGUCGGCAUCAUCGGCAAACCAGGCUCUAGCAAAUCGUCCGUCAUCGCAGCCCUUUUCCGGCUGGCGCCCAUCGAAGGGCACAUCACAAUCGAUGACGUGGACACGUCUGUGACCAGUUUGAACACGCUCAGAUCCAGCAUCUCCCUCAUACCACCCGAUCCGCUGCUGUUCUCGCCCUCCGUCAAGUUCAACUUGGACCCUUUCGACCGCUUGGCCGACGACGUUCUUUGGAAAGCCCUUGAAGAGGUGGAGUUGACAGGAGUUAUAGGCACUCUUUCUCAGCCAGUCAAUGAACGCGGCUCAAAUUUCAAUUUGAGUACCAGACAGCAGAUUUGUUUGGCGCAGGUGAUACUAAGGAAAAAUAAAAUCGUUAUUCUGGAUGUGUCAACAGAACAUAUUGACCCACACAUUGACCAAUUGACCAAUAAGACCUUGACGGAAAUCCUGAAAAACUCCACCGUCCUCGUCAUCACCCACCGACCCGACUUGGUAAUGGACUGCGACAAAGUUCUCGUGAUGGAGACAGGCAGGGCGACGGAAUGCGGCCACCCCCACGUGCUGCUACAGCAGCCGGAGGGCGUCUUGGCCAAGAUGGCGCGAGAGUGUGGGGAAGAUGGCGAGAAAAGGAUGAGGCAGAUGGCCAAGGAGGAUUACGAUAGGAAGCAUUUCGGGAUCGAGUUCACUUUCGAUCGGUUCGAAUGACAGGGAAGAUGGUGGAAUAGUGUGAAUAUUUAGCUGAUGUGUUGAUACAGUUUGUUACAGCGUAGAAAUAAAUUAUUUUUAUUCGAUCUAAG